CGCUCCACCAUGCCCACCAACUCGAAAACGAUAUCUGUGAACGGGAGACAAUACAAACUGUCCGAAUUCCUGCCAGAGAUGACCUCGUUGGCAGACAUGCUGGCCAAGAACGCGCAUCUGACGCCAGAAACGGCACUGCCUCCUGACACUGAUUUUUCCGAUGUGGACCACCAAGAGGUGUAUGCCCAGAUUGGCGCCCUGGGAGUAUUGCCACGGGAAGCGCUGGACAUCUUCUCAAGUGUGUUUGCCGCGGCUCAUCUCCCUAACCUCGCUGCUGCAUUGCGCCGACUGUCCGCUGUGACCCAGCCGCGCGCGAUGACCGCAACGAUGCAUAUAUUCAGUCUGAUCCCCGACCCGAAGCACCAGCCAUACUUGCGCAAGUUUCUGCGGAACACCGACGCCUCAAAGGGCCUGGGAAACAUCAUUGCGGACGGGCUUAUUCGUGGGCUGACCUGGGGCGCCCCUGCUGGCUUCGAUGCGCACUGCACGCUGAUUAUUCAUACGCUGUUCUGGUGCGACCCCACCGGCGACGACGGCAAGGCCUCCAUCGAUGCUGAGAUCCGUGACAAACUCGCCAAGGUGUUAGACGAUAUACUCGCCCGGGAGGAUGUCCAGGCCAUCCCGCGUGUCAAGCGUGUUGACAUCGAGCGUUUGCGGGGACUGCUGGACCCCGUUGAGGCCAUGCCUGCCGCGCAUUUCCUCGACUCGACGCGGCAGCACUUGGAGGGCCAGGUGGACAUGUGUGCAGGCGAUUCGCUGGAGCGCAUGUGUGACGAAGAGCCUGCGCUCGUCUGCUCGCGAUGCAAAGUCGUCAAGUAUUGUGGGGCAGCCUGUCAGAAUUGGCAUUGGAAGCACGGACACAAGGCGCAUUGCCACCCGACGAACUAUUGA